CGUUCAUUUGACAUUUGAUAUUUCCGCAAAAAACAGUGCUCGAUCUUGGUGAUAAUUGUAACAGUGAAUCGUAUUUUAAUAGGUUAAUUGUGUAACGAUGUCGAUUUGUUUGAGAAAUCUCUAUCGUAAAUUGUGCAAUGGGGCAUAUUCGGUCACUGUUAGGAGCCAGACGACGCAGGUCGAGAAUAAAUUGAAAUUGAAUCGACACAACGCUGUUUAUAACCUCAAACAGAUUCAACCAGUGUUAAGCAAAAAUGAAGAAACAAAAGAAUCGUCAUCGGCUACAACAAAAAACGAUAUAUACACGAUUAUUUUCUUUCCAACAAUAGACUAAUCAAAGAAAAUGCCUGCUUACUAGUCGACAAACCACAAAUGCAACAAGAGGCUGUCCGAGGUGGAUCCCAACAAAAUAUUCCUCCACCAGAAAUGCCUCCAAACGAGGGACUGGAAAAAGUAUUUGAAACAUUGCGCAGGACCUUACCUACAUUAUUCAUACAACCCAUGGACUAUUCUAUUUACAAUCCAAAUUUAAUAUUUGAAAAUAAUAUAACGGGAAAGAGGACUGUAGGCUUAUAUCAUUACGUAAAACAAAUUGCAUUAUUGAGAACUGUUGGUCAUCUUAAAUAUGCCUAUGUUAAAUUCGAAGUGUUGAAAAUCACAUUACACAAAGAAGAUAACACUGUUCGAGUCCGGUGGUCGGUUAGAGGAAUUUCUGGUCUAAAGGUCAUGUUCACAUUUUGGAGGUAUAAACUGUGGAAAAUGCAGGAAAUAUUUAAAGAUCAAGAAGCGUGGUACGAUGGAUUUUCUAUAUUUUAUGUAGGAGAAGAUGGCUUGAUAUACAAGCAUAUAGCUGAUAAGGUGAUGCCAGAUGAGCAGAAAGAGAUCGCAGGAAAGCAGCCGCCCCCAGCAGUAGCAGCACCCAUAUAAUAAACGAAUUAUAGAUAUUUUUAUUAAUUGUUUAAUUUAAAAAUGUAAAUGUUUAAUUUAUAUUAUUUUAGUUUAGGAGUG